AUGGUGACCGUGGAGAUCGCCAAGCUUGACGGCUCCCUGCAGUCUGAAGUGCUGGAACCGCACGAGACGGUCCUGGACCUCAAGCGCCGAUUGGCCUUGCAGGAUGGCUGUCCGACGGCCGACUUCUUGCUGCUGUGGAACGAGGUGAUUCUGCGAAAUGAGCAGCUCGUGUCCAGCCUUGGCGAUUCUGUGGUGUCGGUGAUCCGCGCUUGGACCCCGAGAUUGGUGGAGAACGUAGGCUAUGUUGCAGCGCAGAAUGCGAGCCUGGCGGAGGCCAUUUCUCAAGUCCUCAAGGGUCUUGAAGAGAAGAACGUGGAGCAAGGUCAGGUGCUGUGGAUUGACUUGCACUGCAGCCACAGCUACGACUGCUGUGCCUACUUCAGCAGUGACCUGCCAGGGAGGGGAAAACUGCAGGUGGCCUGGGGCCCGGUGAUCGAGGCCGAGGAUGUGCCAUCAGGCUACCAGAGAGCCGCAGAACUUGCCAAGGGUAAAGAGGUGAUUUCCGUGACCGCUAGCUCCAUGGCUUCGCAGCACGGCGUGCAGAUCGUUGUCUUCAGCUCCGCCGGCGAGGCCACGCCCAGCGGUGAGGCGGGCUUCGUGUCCGCCUCAGGCGGCACCUGGGAGAUGGCGGCGACCAAGGCGGUGCUGGAGAUCAACGAGCUGCAGCUGCAACAUGGGCAGUUGCUGGGCAUAGAUGCGCACAACUACCACCCAGAUGCGCCGGCCAUGUUUGGAGCCAUGUACUCACGUGAUUUGCCGGGUCACGGGCCGCUCUAUUUGGACUGGGUGGCCUUGAACCAGGAGAGUCCCUGGAGCUUCUUCUACGAGGCCGGCUGCAAGACCUCCGAAGGCAAAGAGGUGGUCUCCAUCACUGGCUCCUCCAACUGCGAGGGGCGCUCGGUGCAGUACACCUUUUGGCAGGUGUCGGGCGACGUGCCGGGCUACGUGGAGGUGGAGUGCCGCGACGGGUGGGGCCAAGCUGCUGAGGAGUUGAUUCAGAAGUUGCGCGAUGCUGGGGUUGAGGAGGGUCAGGUCUUGUCCAUUGACGCGCACAACUGCGAUCUGGACUCGCCAGCAGUGUUGCUGGCGGUCUUCCGCCGCAGCCUCCCAAGCCGGGGGCCCUUGACGCUGCGCUGCGAGAUUCUGCAGGGCGCUGGGUGGAGCCAGCUGUACAGGCAGGCCGAGCAGGUAGCAGGGCAGUCAGAGCUGGUCGCCUGCACGGGCAGCAGCAGCGGUGACGGCCUAGUCCUGCUCCUCUUCCUGGGUCCAAGGCGCCCCGCGCCCUUAACCGUGCGGCACCUGUCUAGCGCGGCCACCUGGUGGAACGGCGCGGCAGAUCAGCUGCUGCAGCAACUGCGCACUGCGAACCUCCAGCGGAAUCAGCUGCUGAGUUUGGACGCGCACAACGAUGGGCCCAAUGAAGCGGCCAGAUUUACCGCGCUAUAUUCCACAUCGAUACCGGGAGAUGGUGAAUUGCGCUUGCAGUAUCGCGCCUUUAAUGUGGAAAUGCCAUGGCCAUGCUUGCACAAGCAAGCUGCCGUCAGGGCGGCAUCAGGUGCUUCCCUGAUGAUCACCGGCUCUUCGAACGAAAGCUCGUUACGGGGGGAUGCCUUGACAGAUCCAUCCCAGCAAGCCCCUGAAUUUCAGGCGGAGGAAGGAGGAAAGUCCCAUGAAAUGCUCCUUGAGAUGCUGAAGACAGUGCACAAGGCCUCGCAGUCCAUGAAGCAGACGGUGGGUGCGGAGUGUCCUGUCUUUCAGGGAACGCCCUUGGCCUUGGAGUUGGAAACGCGCUCCUGGGGUCUUUGGAUCCAGGAGGCCGAGGCAGCCGAGGCGGAAGACUGUGCCGAUGGAUUAGCGAAGAAGCUGAAGGAAGGCACGGCCGACGCCCACAAGGCCGCGGAGUCGGUGCACUUCGUCAAGGAGUUCAUCAAAUGCAGGGUGGACCAGCAGAUCUAUGCGCAGUUUGUGGUAAAUUUGUACCACAUCUAUCAGGCGCUCGAGGAGGCCCUGGAUGCCAACGCAGAGCAUCCCCUGGUGGAGUCGUUGCACUUCCCGGACGAGCUGGAACGGGCCGAGACUUUGAAAUUGGAUGCAGAGUAUUACUUGGGCAGCAACUGGCAGCAGGAGACUUUGCCAUCCAAGGUCACCAGGGAGUAUGUCCAGCGUCUACAGCAGCUGCAGAAGGAGGCUCCUGAGCUGCUGAUUCCACAUGCCUACACCAGGUACUUGGGCGACCUUAGUGGUGGCCAGCUGCUGAAAAAGGCAGCCAUCCGUGGCAUGAAACUUCCUGCGGACGGAUCGGGCGUCCACUUCUACAACUUUCGGCGGAUCCCAGACACCAUGGUCUUCAAGAACAUGUAUCGGGCGCGAAUGGACAGCUUGCACGCGGACAGCGCAACUGCCGAUCGCAUGGUGGAAGAGGCAAACUAUGCCUUUUUUCUGAACACGCGCAUCUUCCAGGAGCUCGAUUCCCUGGCCGGCUUUGAGGCCAACCCAGUGCCACCGCCCGUGACGGCGCCCGCCUCGAGUGAGGCGGCGCAGGCGUACUCCGCGGCAAAGGCGGCGGGCUGCCCCUUCGCCAGCCUGGCGGCACAAGGUUUGCCCCUUCCGGAGGGCCAUCCGUCUUCGACCGAGAAGUCUGCGGAGCCUGAGCCGAAGGAAGAAUCAACCGCUCAUCAACCACCUGUCAAGCCACAAGCCGCGAAGAUGCCUUGGCUGCAGAUCACUGGUGCAGUGGCAGUCCUUGGGUUGAUAGUGGCCCUGCGCGCGUCUCGGAGCAAGUGA